AAGAAAAAAAAAAGUGAUGUCCACGUGAUGGAUGGCUUGGAUAUUUCACGUGUUCGCCACGCUGGCAUAUGUGGUGGCGUGUACAUUAGCUGACUUGUACACGCGUGAGAAAUUUUAAAAUUUUCACGUCGAGAAAUUGAAAAUAGCGCCCACGUAAUAUUCGCAUUGCAUUGCAUGAGAGAGAAAGUCGUCCUUCGUUGGAUCCGUUAGAAGAUGAUUGGCAUGAAGAGCAGAGGAUUUAAGAGAGAGAGAGAGAGAGAGAGAGAGAGAGAGAUGUCUACACUCCUCCAGCCCACAUACACUGAAACACUUCCAACAUACACAUAAGCAUGCAUGCGUGCAUUUGUAUGUAAUUAUGAUGAUGGGUCUCUAGCAGGACCAUCCAUUAAUCAUUUCCAGAGUCUUAAGUCCAUGAACAGAUCUCAAGAUCUAGUAUUAUAGCAAUUCUAUGGGUGUAUGUUGAGCUUUUGAAGAUGGAACACCAAAGCCCACAACCCAAAAGACUCUAUGAAGUUUGGAAAGGAAGCAAUAGGUUUUUCUGUGGCGGGAGAUUGAUAUUUGGCCCGGAUUUUGCGUCGCUAUUUUUGUCCACAGUCCUUAUAGCAGGCCCGUCGAUAACAUUCUGCUUGCGAGUGGUUUCGAGGAUCAGAACUUUUGAUAGCUUUCUUGGGCUUAUUGCAUUGGCCAUGGCCGUGUUCAUAACUAUAUUGGAUUUGAUUUUUCUCUUCAUGACAUCCAGUAGAGAUCCAGGUAUAGUUCCCAGGAAUUCACGACCACUGGAAUCAGUAGAAGCAUUUGACAUUGAGUCUCCAUCAAUGGAAUGGGAUGGAGGCCGGACCCCGCGUUUAAAAUUGCCGCGAACAAAAGAUUUACAGGUGAAUGGUAUUACAGUAAGAGUUAAGUACUGCGAUACAUGCCUACUUUAUCGCCCGCCACGCGCUUCUCAUUGCUCGAUCUGCAACAACUGUGUCCGGAGGUUCGAUCACCAUUGCCCAUGGGUGGGCCAGUGCAUUGGACUACGCAAUUAUCGGUUCUUCUUCUUAUUCAUUUUGACAUCAACUAUCCUAUGCAUCUAUGUCUUCACCUUUUCUUGGGUGAACAUUUUGAAAACUUUCCAAAAACAGAAAUAUGAUCAAAUGAAAUCGAAUGGGCCGAUGCAUGAGGUUUCCCAACAAAAGAAUCACGAACCAAAGAUAUGGUAUGCAAUGGCGCAUGAGGUCCCGUCUGUCGUGCUCAUCGUGUACUGUUUCAUCACAUUCUGGUUCGUGGGUGGGCUCACUGUCUUCCAUCUUUAUCUCAUCUGCACAAAUCAGACAACAUACGAAAACUUCCGAUCUCGAUAUGAUAAGAAGGAGAAUCUAUAUGAUAGGGGGAUGGUGAAAAACUUCAUCGAAUUUCUUUUCUCAAAGAUUCCACCUUCGAUGAAUGAUUUCCGUUCAUGGAUAAUGGAAGAUCCUGUGGAAGUUGAAUCGGUUACUCUAAAUAGUGGGGGCGACAGCAUCAACUUAAAGGAGAGAAUCGACAUAGAAAUGGAUGGUGAACUUCCCAACGGUGAGAACAUGACUAGUCCAGAGAUGAUGCAGAAUUUGAAUUACUGCAAUAUUGAUGGUCAUUUGAAGAUCGAGGAUAGGCAUGAAGAUGGGCAUGGCUGUGACGGAUAUCAUCAAUUUUAUUUUUCAAUCAAUCAAGAACCAAGAACCUCUGAUCAGGGCCCCACAGCCGGAGAUGGGACUGUCUUGGAUGAUGAUGUGGAUGAAGGAAGCACUUCUAAUGGAAAAACAACAACCAUUGAUCAAGAAAUUCACAAUCAUUAAUCAUGAGAGGUCUAUCCAUGAACUAUCCUAUAUGAGCGCAAGAUGAUUUCCAAUGCAAUGCUGGAUUUUUUAGUUCGACAAACACCCAUUUGACCAUAUAGAUUGAGGAGUCUUAAGUUGGCUCCUGAAAGCAUCUUGACAUCGAAAUGUAAGUGCAGUGAUGAUAUUCAUACUGAA